CAGCAUGCACCACAUCCAUGGUCCGAUGUUACCAAACAAAUCAAACUGGAUGCAUUAAGUGACUGCUUGGGCUGUGAAUCAAACACGGGAAUCAGGCAGAUUCUGUGUUUGCCUCCUCCAGGAUGAGCGCCCUGCGGACCCUGCUGAGCUCCGGGGUGAUGGUCGCUGUGCUGGGGCUCGGCUACGGGAUGUGGGCCAUUAUAUCACCAGGAGAGGACCGGCGGAGAGAGCUCAUCAAGAAUCUGCCUGAAGCAAACCCAAUGAGAAUGGAAGAGACGAGGAAGAGGAAUGCUCUGGUGAUGCAGGCACUCAAGGAGGCAGCUGAAACUGACGACAACAUUGCACAAGGGUACGGAGGAUCCAGGAAAUAGGCAGCACUGUGACCUGUGAGCAAAGUGCACUGAGUGCUACUGGCCUGCAGGACCUGCUCAAAUGAAGAUGGACAUUAUAUUAUUUUACAGGGAUAUUUUAAUCUAAUUUUCAGCUUUUUUGUCUUCAUGGUAUGUGACAAAAAUCAACCACUGGAUGUUAACAUUGUUCAUUAAAACUCUUCAAACACAA